AUGGCGCAGAUCCGCGCCCACUAUGACCGGAAGAACAAAAGCGUUGCAUACUACACCAUGAGCGUCAUCGUCGGCACCGUCGCCCUGGCAUACGGCUCCGUGCCCCUGUACAAAAUGGUCUGUCAAACCGUCGGCUGGGGCGGAACGCCCAUCCGCGUCUCGGGCGGCGGCUCCGAAACCGACUUGGCCGGCCGCCUCGUGCCCGUCACGUCGGCCAACCGCAUCAAGGUCACCUUCAACGCCUCCGUGUCGGACGAGCUGCCGUGGAAGUUUGUCCCCCAGCAGCGCGAGGUCAGCGUCCUGCCGGGCGAGACGGCCCUGGCCUUCUACAAGGCCACCAACCGGGGCACCAAGGACAUCAUCGGCGUCGCCACCUACAGCGUCACCCCGGCCCAGUGCGCGCCGUACUUUAGCAAGAUCCAGUGCUUCUGCUUCGAGGAGCAGCGGCUCAACGCCGGCGAGGAAGUCGACAUGCCCGUCUUUUUCUACCUCGACCCGGAUCUGCUCAACGACCUCAACAUGAAGGGCGUGCAGACGGUCACUCUGAGCUAUACCUUUUUCAAAGCGCGCUACGACAACAACGGCAAAUUCAAGGCUCCGGCCAUGGUCUGA